UCGCGGCGGCCCCAGUAUCCCGGGGGGUCCGCGGGGGCUGUCCGGGCCCCUUCAGUGCCACCUCAGAAGCGCUCAGGUCCCCUCCGCUCGGGGAGGCUGGGGGAAUUCCGGUCUACUCUGCCCCAGGGGACCGGGGAUGCUGCAAUCCCCUCAGUCCUGGAAAGCUCUUCAGCUCUCAGCUCUUCAGCUUGAAGGGCUGCAGUCCUCUCAGCCGCGGGACCAAGGAGGGGCUCAGGUCCCCUCAGACCUGCUGUCUGGUCGAGUCUGUUUCUCAGGCCUGCACUAUGUGUUUGUGGGGCAUCUUGUCACCUCUGCACCAGAGGACCUGGAGAGCAUGGGGAGCCCAGGUGGGAACUCAGGGUGUGAGACCAGGCCCUUAAUCGUGGUUGUCUGGUCCCCUCAGCUCGCUGGAGUGUGAAGACAAGGCUGCUUCCCACUCCAAAUUUAGUCUGAGGCAUCCACUGUGAGUGGGGAGGGGAUCUGUCCUGCCUUGAUGACUUAAAGGCUGUAGUGGUGGCAUUAGGGCCAUGCUUCUUCUCUGGGUCUGAGAUUGGUUUGUUGACAGUGGUCUGAUGGUCUUGGAGAUGAAGAGGCUGGAAGGCAGGACCAGGGGGUGAAAAGGAAAGGCCUCACCGUCAUCAGUGACUCUUAAAAUUACAUGAGAAGAAGUCAGCAGCAGGUCUUCUGAGCUGUGACUCACCUAUUCAUAGUGAGCUCCUAACCCGAUGGAUAGAAAAGCAAUUUGAGGUGUUUCACACACGGGGCUGGCGAGCAGAGGGGAGAAAAGAGCUGGCAAAGCGCAGCGUGACGCUGCUGGCACGGGGAAGUUGAAAGGCAACUUUUAAUCUGAAGGAAGUUUGGCUCGCAAAGAUGCCGGCCUGAUCCUCGGGUCUGGGAAUUUCUCUGGAGAAGGGAUCGUAAAACGUUUGAGCUUGCAGAGGCCUUGUUGCUGUCUCUCCUCUCGUCGAUCUUGCUGGCAGUCAGGAAGAGGAAAAGUUGUCUGCUGUUUUCUGCUGCCUAAUUUCCAUGAGAAGAAGAAUGGCCACCUGAAUAUGAAGUGAACUGUUUCCUGUGCUUGCCACAGCGCCUGGAUACUUGUAUCUGGUAGUUAGAGACCAGGACUUGCCUCUCGUUCUGCUUGGAACUGCUUUCUUGGACAAGAUGAAGCUAAGGAGGAGCUUCCCAACACACUGGAAUCACAGUGGUUGCUGCCCAGUUUAAAAUUGAUGUCAGACUGUGCCCUGGCUACCUGGCGAGAUGAAAGAAGUGAUGCUGUGGUCACCUGAGGAGGUGACAAACUGGCUAACGGAAAAUGCUGUGCCAGAGUAUUGUGAGCCACUCAAGAGCUUUACAGGGCAGGAUCUGAUCAACCUCACAGAGGAGGACUUUAAGACGACACCUCUGUCCCGGGUGUCUUCUGACAGUGGACAGCGGCUAUUGCACAUGAUUGAAACUUUAAAAAUGUCUCACCACAUCGAGGCUCACAAAAAUGGGCAUGUCAAUGGGCACAUUCGUGUCGGCGUGAGCAGCACCACGCAUGAAAAUGGCUUUAGCAGUAAAAUGAAGCUGAACGGGAUGCCAAAUGGGUAUAAGAAGGAGAUGAUAAAGAUCCCCAUGCCAGAGCCAGAGCGCUCACAGUAUCCUGUGGAAUGGGGAAAGACUUUCCUGGCUUUUAUUUAUGCACUUUUUUGUUUCAUCGUUACCACAGUGACUAUCUCAGUCGUUCAUGAACGAGUGCCUCCCAAGGAGGUGCAGCCUCCCCUACCAGAUGCAUUUUUUGAUCGUUUUGAUCGAGUGCAAUGGGCUUUUUCUAUUUGUGAAAUCAACGGCAUGAUCCUUGUAGGACUGUGGUUUGUUCAGUGGCUGCUCUUAAAAUAUAAGUCUAUAAUUAGCAGAAGAUUUUUCUGUAUAGUUGGCACACUAUACCUGUAUCGGUGUAUUACAAUGUAUGUGACUACACUUCCAGUUCCUGGCAUGCAUUUCAAGUGUUCCCCAAAGCUUUUUGGAGACUGGGAAUCUCAUCUGCGAAGGAUAAUGAAAUUGAUUGCUGGUGGAGGAUUGUCCAUCACAGGAUCCCACAACAUGUGCGGCGACUAUCUGUACAGCGGUCACACUGUCAUAUUAACUCUUACGUACUUAUUUAUCAAAGAGUAUUCCCCACGGCGACUGUGGUGGUACCACUGGCUUUGCUGGGCACUCAGCAUGGUUGGGAUGUUUUGCAUCCUCCUUGCUCAUGACCACUACACUGUGGACGUGGUGGUGGCUUACUACAUCACUACAAGACUUUUCUGGUGGUAUCACACAAUGGCCAACCAGCAAGUGCUAAAAGAAGCUUCACAAACUAACCUCCUUGCAAGGGUCUGGUGGUACAAGCCCUUCCAGUACUUUGAAAAGAAUGUCCAAGGAAUUGUACCUCGCUCUUACCACUGGCCCUUCCCCUGGCUGGUGCUGCACCAGGGCAGGCAAGUGAAGUACAGCCGCCUGGUGAAUGACACAUAACAGCAUGCCAACAGGCAAACUGGGGGAAAGGACCUGUCCCAAGUGCUAAGGACUCCCAAUGAGAAGAUGCCAUAGAAAAAAUCACCUGCUCCCUAGCCCUUUCUUUUAACAGUUUCCUUGACUUAACCUAUUCAGUUACCUGGUAAGCACUGUGAUCUUUUUUUUCACUCCAAAGGAUCUACGUUGGACAACAAUAAAGAAAAUUUAACUUAUCAUGCACUGUUACACAUUUCUUGUUAAUAGAUUUGGGAUUUACAUUUACCCAUCACCAUGUUCCUUUGUAUAUGAUGCGACAGCAUAAAUGGAAGCUUUUAUAUCAUAAGUUCUGGUCUUUCCAGUCAUGUCUGGGAAUAAAGCAUAUUAUUUUCUUGGGAAAACAUACUUUUCGUAUCUCUUGCCCCAAAGAUUGGGCUGUAAGCCAUUUUCUAGCAAAUGACUAUAUGAAGGUUUCUAAAUACCUGCCUUGGGUAAAAUCAAGAAAUCUUUCUGCCUGUUGCACCAUGCUAUGACUGAGAUGAUAGACACAGGAAGGUUUGGUAGUCUUGAUUUUGUAGAAUCUGCAGUGGCUGUGUCAAAAAGUGGAAACACAAAAAAAAGGAGAGAAAAAAAAGUUGUAAAGUGAUUUUCUAAGUAUUUCCUAACUUUAUUUUUCAAAAUGUGUAUGAAAAUUAAAUUUAAAGAGAUUUUUACAUGUCAGAGAAUAGAGAAUUAAAAUUUAAAGAAAAUGCUUCUUGGGAGAGAGAGAGAUUUGUCUAUGUUUCUAGUGCCUUUCUUGUCUUGAUUGUAUGGUCAGUAGGCAAUCUUAAAUGUUUUUAUUUAAAAAAGUAUUCCAUGAAAGCAGAGUUAUAUAUACUGUAUAAUUACUAAUUUUUUUUUGCAUUUAUAGCUAAAUUAAACUGGAAAUUUGCUUAUAAUGUUGAACUUGCCAUGUGUAGGGGGGGAAAAAGGAACCAAAUAAAAAGGGUCCGAUCGUGCUCACACAUUGUGGGCAGGUCAAACUAAAAGGUAUCACUUUAUUGUCUACUUGGUAGCUGUAUUUUAAAAAGAAAAACAGCCAUGAAUUCCUGUUUUUUAAGAAUUUUACAAAUGAUCACUGAGUGAACUAUGAAUGGUUUCUCCAUCCCGUAUCAAAGUGUUGUUGGAAAAACAACAAAGAGAAUCUAUUUCUUUAAAAUAUUUGUGCAGAAACUGCAUGUAAUUAUAAGUUUCACUCCUACCAUACAUACUGUAUGUCUGGGGAAGUAUUCUACCCUACACUUGCCAAUGUGCAGAACAAAAUAGGUUUUUUUUAAAGAAGGAAGAAGAAAACAAACAAAAAAAAAUCCGUUCUGUAUUUUACGUGAAGCAGAGUUAUCUUCUGUAGGAUUUUUGUGUAUUCACAAGGUGAUAUUUGUAUUGUAAAACAACAAUGGUGAAGGAAAAUAAAAAGGCUUUUGAAAAAUGUAGUUUCCUUUAUCUUUUAAUAUUAAGUUUAAAUUUAAAAGCUGGGUUUAUUCUUUCAAACCUUGCCUUUAAUUUUGUGUGUCACUGCACUGUAGGCCAUCGAGUUUGGACUGUAUGGAAACUGCAUUGAUUUCGAGUUGCUGUUCACAUUGGGCAAAGCAGUGCCUUAUCUGAAAUAAAUGCUAUGCAAUAGAUUCCGGUCCUGUGGGAGCCGGGAGUGGAUGGGAGAAGCCUUCCUGGGAGCCAUCGCUAGGGCUUGAAAAAUCUACCCCAAAACUGAUGGGACGGAGUGUGUUGCAGGGUAAACAUCAAGGGUCUGUCAGUCCUGUCACUUAAACAGCACUAAAAAAAAAAUCUCCAAAAAAGUGAAAUUUCUGUGAAUCUGUGGUGGUGAAAGUGUCAGUUCUUCUUCCCUGUGUUUAGGGGAUGGUUUAUCUCUGCUCCUCUGCCCUGUUCCUCAGCCUUGGCCAAAAGCUUUCUUGAAGCAUCAGUGGGGUUGAUGCUUCUCCUGCUUUGCCUCACUGUUGCUCAGGAUGCUAAACAAGGCCAACCUGUUUCUUAGCCAUUCCCUUUGCCCCUGGGAAGGAGAGAAUUUCUUCACUCCUUGUGCUUCUUGGCAAGACCCUUUACAACAGCAUUUGCAGAGCUGCCUGUGAAUUUCAGGGAUCAGCUCUACAUGUUUUACCUUCAGUUUAAAGAAACUGAGACAAUUCUUUGCAACUGUGUCUGAAAGACAAUUUUAAAAUAACCCCACCCCGAGCUGACUGCUUGGGAGAAUUCACACUCCCAGAUGAAAUGAAGGAGUAGAUUUUUCAAGACCUGGCGUCACGCGCAUCUAAACCAUUGACAUAAGUAAAUGUAUGGAUAUAUGCACAUGACAUUAAAUGGAAUCUGCUGAA